AUGGCACCUAUAACCAGGGGAGAAGAAAGCCCAGCGGGUGAAUUGACGCGCGGGCCGUUGAUAGGAAGUUUGGUUGCGAUGGGGGCAUACUCGGGUGAUCGUUGGAGCCUCAAGGCACUCGCGUUUGGCAAUAAUCUCGCAAUAGCGUCUACGAAUUGGGAAUUUAUGUUUUUGACCGACUUUGUGGUUUACAUUUACUUCGCAUGGAAAAUAUGGACAUUCACACGGAGCAUAUGGCCGGCGCUAUUGAUGAUCCUUGUGAUAAUUACAAGAACGGGCAUCGGUUUGUGGGGAUCUGUCGAGAUAAUAAUGUACGAACUUGUCGCUACCGGAACUUUGACCAGCUUGCUUGACAUUGUAGCACUGGUAUUGACACUUCAACAACAACAAGGUCUGGCUUACACAUCAGUACUGAUACUUCAGACUCGAAUCUACGCCAAUUCCUUGCUCGCAUCAGUAAACAUGCGCAAGAUCAAUGCGAGAAGCCUCGACUCGCCUGUUGAACCCGACAUACAAUUGGAAAUCAUGGACAACUCUCGUUCUAUACAGUUUUUCCACGGAACAGUGGCAGAGUUGGAUGGCACUCAAUCUCCAUACACAGCUUUUCCAGCCACAUCCCUGCACAAUCUAAAGGCCGGUUUUAACUCACUGGGUCCCCGUGUUGCAAUGAUUCACCAAAGCCGGUCUCAGACAACUGUGAUAGGAGCAGAGUUCGUAAAGUCGUCUAGGGAAUCUCGGCAUACAGCAAGAGCAACGGCGGAUGUUCGAAGAGCGUCCAUCGGUUAA